CUCCCGAUCUCUCCUCUCUUCUAACUUACCGUCAUCCGUUUCUGGUACUCUAUUCGUACUCGCUCGUCUCGAGCGCAAAUCGCCAGCCGAUCAGUUCAUUGACUUCUGAUUGGGCUGAGAGCUACUCGUCGCUUUGCCGACCUCGGAGAAGCGAUUCAGGGGCUGUUGCAGGGAUUUCAUACCGACGCUAAAUCGACGAAGUCAUCCACGGCCGAACGAUAUACACAACAUGGAGGGCCAAGCAGUUGAGAAGUCUACCGCCAGCGACCCGGAGGGCUCGUCGCUUGCUCUACUGGCUGCUGAAGCUGAGGCCCCUCAGGCAGCACCGCCCACAAAGAAAGCUCGCCACCAUGCUUUCGCUAAGAGAGCGACGAUCGAGCGACCCCCAUGUCGCCUCGCGGGGAUGCCGCUCGAAAUUCUGGCGGAAAUAUUGUCGUAUGCUUCGACCCCUGCUACUGUCCUUGCUCUGGCACGGUGCUCAAAGUACUUUUGCCACACCCUCGUCAACAAUCCUUCGACCACGUUCAUCUGGCGCAACGCUCGGGCGAGAUGUCGGUUGGACAGAUAUGUUAUCCGCGAACUACCUGAACCGUUGCACAAUUUCACGGAGUCCUCGUACGCUGCAUUUGUGUUCGACGGCGGAAAGUGCGAGGUCUGCGGGAAGCACACCCGUCGGAUGUACGAGUCGUUCUGUUUGCGCGCGAGAGUAUGUGACAAGCCAACAUGCAAGUCAAAUUGGAGCCAGGACAAUCUUAUUGAGGUCGGGAGAGCGGACCACCCGCGCUACAAGGACCUCGUGUCCUGGAUUCCUCGAAUGGAGACACAAGGUCUUGCAGAAGCGCGUAUCCGUGUGCGUAGGCGCGACUGGGAUGCGGCAGUGGACGAGCUCAACAGGGCGCUUCUUGAGCCUGAUACGAUGGAACAAUUUUUGGCCAAGAAGCGGGCACUCUCAGACAGACUCGCGACCACGUCAAAGUGGGCGGGAGAGCUGACUGGUUUCAAGCAUGCGUGGGAACUCCAAGCAAGGACUGUGAAGGAAGCCAACGAAGCGAGGGCAAAUAUCUGCGCCAUCGACGAGGGAUGGACGGCGUUCGAGCUGAUUGGAACGCCCACAUACGGUCUACUGCAUCGCUCGAAGACCGCAUCACUUGAAAUGAUCAUCGCAGCAGAUUUCAAUUUGAUCCGCGAUCAGGUUGACAAGGAGGUGGCUGAACGCAGAGAACGCGCGAUACGACGCAAGGCAGAAGGUGCCUACGAGAAACGGCGAGGAGAUGUAGCGGAGCAUUACAGCCGACUCAAGUCUGCGCCAGAAGCCAAGGAGACGCUUCCGACGCUGCCGGAGUUCAGAAGGCUUUCGGUCAUGAAAGUCCUGCAGGGCAAGCCGACGGAUCCUGAUGAGGGAGUGGCCAAGGAUCUCAAGAACAGCAAGCUGCUGAACGAGCUGCUUUCGGAUAGUCUGCGGCAAUGGCGCGAGGAUGCACGGAGCGCUCUCGCGGGCGUCCUAGGAUUCGCUGGUUGGAAGUCCGCGAGCAAGAACAAGCUACAUCCAGUCGAUAGGCUGACGGCGAGGUUUAUGUGCAAGAAAUGUGUGUCCAGGGGCAAGGGCGGCGAAGAUCUCGACUUUGCGGCCGCAUGCGAACAUCGAUGUGCCGGUCUCAACAAGAGGCAGAGGGCUAGGGAGACCUGGAAUGCCAAUCUCUUCGAACCAGAUACAAAGGCCAUCGAUGCCGCAAAUAAGGUGCUGGCACUCCUGCAGACUGCAGGCGAAGAUCCAGAGUCAAAGACCAGAGCAGAAAUGAUCGGGCCGAAGUUUUUGUGCACGGCAUGCCCCGUUCCGAUAGCCAUGACUCUGGAUAGCGCUAUUCGCCACAGCAAGCGACACGAAAGCUUCACGUUGACUUUCACCGGCGAAGGCGACUCAAGACUGGACGUAUAUAAAUCGUUUCCAAUUCCGACGGGCCUAACAGCACGGCUAAUGGGCCAAGGCGAUGACGCUCGAGAGGAGCGUAGUCAGAAGGUGUAUGGCUGUCGGCAUUGUCAACAGACUGCCAGGCAAGCCAUCUCGCCAACGGAAGAACGUGAACCAACUGCUGCCACAAGCGUAGCCCCCGAUGCCCGUUCGUCCGAGGCAUCGGCUCGGAAACCUGAGUCCCAAAUUUUGAGGGCGGAGGGUGUUGAUGGCAGUGCAGGCUCCUCUACAGCGGUUGCUGGUAAUCAGCCACAAACCGCUCCUCCUGCAGGCGUUCCUGCGACAGACUCGAACAAGAUCGAGAGGCUGGCAAGGAAACUGGCAAAGGAGAAGCUAUACAGUUUCGACGGAUUGAGGUCGCAUUUGAAACAGAAACAUGGUGUCGUAAACGUUCGAGAUGAAGACGUCUACGCCGCGCCGAGCUCGGCGUAAGCACUCUAGAACUGUCCGCAACUUCAUCUUGUGUCUUGGUUCGCCUUCGUACGGCCUCAAUCGCCAAUUAUAUCGUCCUCCCUGAUCCACUAUGGCUCACGCUUCUCAGACUGUAGCUGUCUAGACUCAAUACAUCCUCAUUUAUUUGGACACGUCCAAAUGCCGAGCCCUCAGCACCGUGCUCAGGUACGCCGCACGAUGCUUCGCCAUCCGAUCAGCAGUCUGUUGCACGACGAUAAUGCGAAUGGACGUCGACAACAGAUGGGCACACGGUUGACACACGGGUGUGCUUUGGGUGAGCUGG